AGCAGUGUGGACGAGGACAAAGUCGGAGGAGCGGCAGGAUUUAUUGAGCACCAACAGAGGAAGAGGAGGAGAGAGAGGAGGAAGAGAACCAAGGAACAUGCGGUGUGUCAGCUCCGAGGAUCACUGCUGCUGCUGCUAUGCAUGCUGGUCUUGUCCACCUCGACAGGAAGUCGGACAGGAAGUGCCCGGAUCAGGAAAAGAGGGCUCAAUCAGAAGGACUAUGAGUACCCCAGCCAGUCCCAGACUACGCAGCACCAGAAGAACGACCGCUGCCCCCCCCCUCCCCAGAUGCUUCCGGAGCGGGCGUGCGAGGUGCCGGGGUGUCGCUCCGACUCGGAAUGCGAGCGUCACAAACGCUGCUGCUACAACGGCUGCAUCUACGCCUGCCUGGAGUCUGUCCAGCCCCCUCCUGUGCUGGACUGGCUGGUUCAGCCGAAACCUCGCUGGCUGGGGGGCAACGGCUGGCUGCUGGAUGGACCAGAGGAGGUGCUGCAAGCGGAGGCCUGCAGCACCACUGAGGACGGGGACGAGCCCCUCCACUGCCCCACCGGGUACGAGUGCCACAUCAUCAACCCAGGCAACCCUGCAGCAGGCAUCCCCAACCGGGGCCAGUGCAUCAAGCAGAGAGGCAACUCUGAUGGUCGAAGCCUAAGGCACAAACACUUCAAAGACUACAAGGAUUACUUGGGUAAGUAAGGAAGUAGCACCAACAACGCAGUAGGCUAUGAGAAACACCACCACAAGCACCUGGGAUGAGCUUGCUCUCCUGGCUUCACUACCUCCUCCCCCCCUGAACUGCUCAGCUGACCUGGUUACAGUGGACUCUGGGCUAUGGAAUAACGUACCAUACUUAACACUUGGUUCUCUCUUGAAUUAUACUCUUCCAGGGCAGGAAAUGAGUGCUAGAGAAAAAAUGGGACAAAACACCAAGGGGACUGUUUGAAACUAGGAAAUAAUAACAUGUGUUCCAACACACACACACAUCCUAAACCUCUCAUGAACACACACUUAUAGUCACUAAACACACAUUCUUGCUAUUUACCCCACCCCCCCACACACUUCCUGAAUCAUAGAGGCCCACUGAUUACCGGUCAGCAGGAUAUUAGGACCAUGUGGUGUUUUGAAACCCUAAAAUCACCAUGUCCAGAAUAGUUUGCUGAAAUCUCACCUUCAGGCACACCAGCUAGCAGAAAGUAUGUAUUAUUCUUCAUAUCCACCUGCCUUGUUCUCCUAAUUAAAUCUGUCCUAUUUUAGAGUAUAUCCUGGCUGUGUGGUCAUGUAAGAGGCUGUCUAUGGUGAGUGUGUUGUUAGAAUUCAUAAACACUUGGGAAACAGUGGCUCUCUUGAACCAGUGCAGUUUGCAUCCACUGCAGUACAGGGCUUUAUUAACAUGGUGCUCAUUCACAAAGCUAUCUACCAACAGGAUCAUAAGCUCAACAACCUCAACUCCAUAAAGUAUCAUAAGCUAGAGGUUUGAACUCAAUUUCCAUAUGGCCAUCUGCAUCAUGUCCAACUGGUGCUGUGACACUACCUUGUGUAUUCUUAAUAAAACAGAUUUACUUUCGA